CACCACAUGUCGGCGACUCGGGCUUCUACAACAUGUUCAAUGCACUGGCGGACCUUCGACUACUCCGGGUCAGGAACUUCUUCGACCCAGUCCCCUCCCUCCCGCCCAAGAUAUUUGGGUUCGUCGAGGUCGGGAAGGAGAUUUUCAUCGUCAUUGUGUCACCUUACUGUAAAUCACCUCUCGACAACCCACACAAUUUGGAGCUCUACAUGCAUGGAGUUGCAGGGUGGAACGGAAUCAUGCCGUUUAAGCUCAUGGUGGAGCGAGACAUCGCGUUGCUGAACAAAGGAGCGGAUCUUCUCCACAAAAAGUACAACGUGCCGCCCAAAUGGUGGAACGUGAAGAAUAAGGCAAUGUACCAGCUGGAUGACGGGUCGUGGGAUCUCCGUGACUACAUGCCUCCUCCUCCAGAGGCUGUCGUCCUCAUAUAAAUUAAUUUCUCAGAGGCUGUUGGUCGGGUGAUGACGAAUGUUGGUAGCCGCGAAGGGUUGAGCGUAAUUACAUCCUCCUAAUCCUCAUGGCGAUCAUGGGACUAGUAUAAUAAUUGGAGGAUGUUAGUAAGUAAUUUGGAUUAUGGUAAUUACUAAUAAAUAAGUGAGCAUGUG